CAACAUGGGCGGCUCGACCGCCCCCUCUCUCCCCUUCUUCGUCCCACUUUUGCAUUUGCCGUGGACCAAACUACAAUACUAUAUUCAUCAAAAGGAAAAAUGAGCCCUAAACAGCCCAUUAUUUCUAAUUUAGUCGGUUUACUCCCACCAUUAAAAAACAACACAAAUUUUAACAAAAGACAAUAUAGAUUUCCAAGCUUGGUUUUUGGUCCAUCUGCAAGCAACAGUGCUCCAACCACAUUUGAAUAUACCUCCAAUUUCUGCACUUUGAUCAUGUUUUAAUUUCAUGAUUCUUGUAAAUUUGCAAAGAAGAAGAAGAAGCUGAUCAUGCGGGACGAGGAAACUGAUAUCCGGGUUGUCGGGUUAAUGAUUUCCCUAUUCUUGAUCACAGGCAGAAUUGUGGCUGGAGAUUCUCUGGACACUGACAGAGAAGUUCUGCUGAGUCUGAAAAAAUUUCUAGAGGAUAACAAUCAAGUGAAUCGAGGGCGAUACCAGGAGUGGAAUUUAAGUAGUUGGAAUCCAUGUGAUUGGCCUGGAAUUUUGUGCAGCAAUGAUGAGAGGGUGAUCAGUGUCAACCUUUCAGAUAAUAGUAUUUCAGGUGAAAUUUUCCACAACUUCUCCGCAUUGACAAAGCUUUCUCAUCUUGAUUUGUCGAAAAACACUCUGGGUGGCCGGAUUCCGGCGGACCUGAGGCGGUGUGAAAGCCUUGCAUAUCUCAACCUGUCGCACAAUAUCAUUAAUGAUGAACUGAACUUGACGGGGUUGAAGAGUUUGGAGGUUCUUGAUCUGUCUAUCAAUAGGAUUGGUGGCGAAAUUCAGUUGACUUUUCCAGCAGUUUGUGACAGAUUGGUUCUUGCAAACAUUUCUGAGAAUAAUUUCACUGGGAGCAUCGACAAUUGCUUCGACGAGUGCAAGAGUUUGAAGUAUCUGGAUUUGAGCUCCAACAAUUUCAGUGGGGAGAUAUGGCAGGGGUUCGCAAGGCUUCAGCAGUUUUCGGCGUCGGAAAACAGUUUUGGUGGGGUGGUUUCACCCUCCAUUUUUGGUGGGGUUUGUGCACUGGGCCUGCUGGAAUUGUCGAAGAACAGUUUCGGGGGAGAGGUUCCAGGAGAGAUUGCCAAUUGCACAAGCCUGCGCAUUUUAAAUCUGUGGGGAAACCAUUUCACAGGGCCAAUUCCCCCAGAACUGGGAUCACUUUCGAGUCUUGAGGGUUUGUUCUUGGGGAACAACAAUUUUUCAAGGCAGGUUCCAGAGUCCCUACUGAAUUUGAGUAGCUUGGCAUUUUUGGAUCUGAGCAAGAACAAUUUUGGGGGAGAGAUUCAGGAAAUUUUUGGGAAAUUCAAGCAGGUCAAGUUUCUUGUAUUGCAUACUAAUUCAUACACUGGGGGUAUAUAUUCAUCUGGAAUUCUCAAGUUAUCCAAUAUUUCCCGAUUGGACUUGAGCUUCAACAAUUUCUCAGGUCCAUUACCGGUUGAGCUCUCAGAAAUGCCGAGUUUGGAGUUCUUGAUUCUCGCCCACAAUCAGUUUUCUGGAAGUAUACCACCAGAAUUUGGAAACAUCCGGCGCCUACAAGCCCUGGAUCUCUCCUUCAAUAGCCUAAACGGUUCAAUACCCAGUACUAUCGGAAAGUUGAACUCUCUCUUGUGGUUAAUGCUGGCAAACAAUAGGUUUUCUGGGGAAAUUCCUCCUGAGAUAGGAAAUUGCACUAGUUUAUUGUGGUUAAACCUGGCCAACAACCAAUUUUCUGGGAAAAUUCCUCCGGAGUUGACAACUAUUGGGAGAAAUCCAUUCCCAACCUUUGAAAUGAAUAGAAAAAACAGGGGAAUCCCUGCUGGUUCAGGUGAGUGCCAAGUGAUGAUGAGGUGGAUUCCAGCAAAUUAUCCUCCAUUCAGUUUUGCGUAUACACUCCUCACAAGAAGGAGCUGUAGAAGCUUAUGGGAUAAUUUGCUUAAAGGGCAUGGCCUUUUCCCAAUGUGCCUUACUGGUUCUAAGGUGCGGACACUUCAAAUUUCGGGCUACGUUCAGAUCAGUGGGAAUCAGUUUUCAGGUGAGGUCCCUCCAGAAAUAAGGAAUAUGCAGAACUUUAGUCUCAUCCAGAUGGCUGCCAAUAAGUUCUAUGGAAAACUUCCUCCUGAGAUAGGGCAAUUGCCAGUUGUAGUCCUAAACUUGUCUGAGAACAAUUUUUCAGGUGAAAUUCCCAUGGAAAUCGGCAAUCUUGGGUGCUUACAAAAUCUGGAUUUGUCAUCCAAUAACUUCUCUGGUACAUUUCCAACCAGCCUCAACAACUUGAGUGAGUUGAACAAGUUCAACAUAUCAUACAAUCCAUUGAUCUCAGGUGUAAUCCCAUCAACUGGGCAAUUGGCAACUUUUGAGAAAGAGUCCUUCCUUGGUGACCCACUAUUGGUACUUCCACCCUUCAUUGGCAACCCCUCAAAUCACCCUCCGCCCACUGCGAAAUCGGAUGGGAAGCCAAAACAAAAAUUUACUUCAGUUUUUGUGUUUUUAACUCUAACAGUGGCUUUCAUCAUGUGUGGACUUGUGUCACUUCUAGUCUGCGUUCUUUUGAAAAACCCAGUUGAUUCAUCAGGAUAUCUAUUAGAUGAUUCCAAGUAUAGACACGAUUUUGCAUCAAGUUCCGAAGUUUCAUCACCAUGGUUGUCAGGUGCUGUGAAGGUCAUCCGUCUGGACAAAACAGCGUUCACAUAUGCUGAUAUUUUGAUGGCCACAUGUAACUUUUCGGACAGUAGAAUUAUUGGGAAAGGUGGAUUUGGCACAGUGUACAGAGGGGUUCUGCCUGAUGGAAGGGAAGUAGCUGUGAAGAAGCUACAAAGGGAUGGCAUUGAAGGGGAAAAGGAGUUCCGGGCUGAAAUGGAGGUCCUAAGUGGAAAUGGCCUUGGUUGGCCUCAUCCCAACCUUGUGACACUCUAUGGGUGGUGCCUUAAUGGAUCAGAAAAAUUGCUGGUAUAUGAGUACAUGGAAGGAGGGAGCUUGGACGAUCUGAUUUCAGAUCGGAUGAGACUAACAUGGAGGCGGCGUCUUGAUGUAGCAAUUGAUGUGGCACGGGCACUAGUCUUUCUGCACCAUGAGUGCUUCACUGCUAUUGUUCAUCGGGAUGUCAAGGCCAGCAAUGUUUUGCUAGACAGGAAUGGGAAGGCCCGGGUCACUGAUUUCGGUCUAGCUAGAGUUGUUGAUGAUGGGAAUAGCCAUGUCUCGACGAUGGUGGCCGGGACAGUUGGUUAUGUUGCACCUGAAUAUGGACAGACAGGGCAAGCCACUACAAAAGGCGAUGUGUACAGUUUUGGGGUGCUGUCAAUGGAGCUAGCUACUGGGAGACAUGCCCUGGAUGGGGGGGAAGAGUGCUUGGUGGAGUGGGCGAGACGGGUCAUGGGAAAUGGGAGGCAAGGGCUGAGUAGAGCAGUGAUACCGGUCGUGAUGUUGGGAUCUGGGCUGGCUGAGGGGGCGGAGGAGAUGCGUGAGCUGCUUCGAAUUGGGAUAAAAUGCACAGCGGAGUCACCACAGGCAAGGCCUAAUAUGAAGGAGGUGCUAGCUAUGCUGAUCACGAUUUUGAGCACCCAACAGGAUUUCAGUUAUGGGUCCUCUCCUCCUAGUUCUGAAAUGUCUGGAUUGGAGACUUGAGAAGGUGUUCAUGGUUCCUUGAUUUUCAUAUGGUUUUACGUACACGUCUAAUAUAUCUGUAAAGAUUUCCUUGCUUUGAUUCUUCUUGUACAUACGCAUUCAUCAUUUGUUGUUAUGAAGAAGAAUUUACUCAAUUUUGAUCACAAACUCUGUCCAAUUCUGUUA